AAAGAUUUGUUCUUUCUCUCUCUCUCUCCUCUCUACUCUCUCUCUCUCUCUCUCUCUCUCUCUCUCUCUGUGGUGCCGCCAUGGAUCUUCGUCGAAGCUCGAUUUUGCUUUUGAUCAUUGCGUUGUUAUCUCCCAGGGCACUAUCAAUGUAUUUCGAGUUAAAGUCUGGGAGAACCAAAUGUACUGGAGAGGAAAUUCACGAAAACGCCAUGUCCAUUGGCAAAUACGCCAUCGUAAACCCUAACGAAGAUCAUCCUCUUCCUGCUUCUCACAAGAUCAUCGUCAAGGUGCUGCCGCCAAAAGGGACGAUAUUGCACGAAGCCGAUCAUGUAGAGGCUGGUCAGUUUUCGUUUACAGCGUCUGAGACUGGGGAUUACAUUACGUGUAUCACAGCCGUUGAUUACAAGCCGGAGACGACGUUGACCAUUGAUUUUGAUUGGAAGUCUGGUGUUCUCUCUAAGGAGUGGACCAAUGUGGCUAAGAAGAGCCAAGUUUUAAUGAUGGAGUAUGAGGUCAAGAACUUAAUGGACACUGUUAAUUCCAUCCAUGAGGAGAUGUAUCAUCUUCGUGAAAGGGAAGAAGAAAUGCAAGAGCUAAAUAAAUCCACAAACUCGAAGAUGGCGUGGUUAACUGUCGUGUCGCUUGGGGUUUGUUUAUCGGUGGCUGGUCUACAAUUAUGGCACUUGAAAAUAUUCUUCGAGAAAAAGAAACUCAUCUGAGUGGUAGACAUGCACAUACAUACAUACUCAUUUGCUCAUGUCUAUGAUUGUACUGUAGUCAAACUUAACGACCAUUAGAGAUUUCAUUUAAAUUAAGGAUUCAUUUUUAAGGCAAAGAAAACAACAUUUUGUGAUCAUUUUUGAGAUUUGUGUUGGUACGA